AUGGAAGGGGACUUCAAUGGGCAUAUUGGGCCUUUGCCGAUUGGUUAUGACGAUGUACAUGGAGGCUUUGGUUUUGGGGAUAGGAUUGAUGAGGGAGCUGCUCUUUUGGAUUUUGUGAGGGCCUUUGGGUUGGUGGUUGUGAAUUCCUGCUUUUCGAAAAAGAAGGAGCAUUUAUUUACUUUUCUUAGUAGGUUGGCCAAGACCCAGAUUGAAUUUUUGCUGCUUAAGAAGAGGGAUAGAUCUCUGUGUAAGGACUGUAAGGUAAUUUUGAGUGAGAACCUUGCAACCCAACAUAGACUUCUGGUGAUGGACUUAGGUAUUAAGAGGGGCAAGAAGAGUAGGGGUGGGGAGAGCAGGCCUAGAGUUAGGUGGGGUGUCCUGACUCCAAUCAAUUCUUUGGAGAUAGAGGCAAGGUUGGAGGGGAUGGGGGCGUGGAGUGUAGGGGGACGUGGAUAG